UUCACGAGACAAAGAAACGCGAAAGCUUGAAGAAGUUCUCAGGGCCUCAGAUCAUGGCCACCGUCGUCGCCUCGCCCAGGAAGUCUUCGGACCACCGAGCCAUGCGCAAUCCGACUGCUGCAUCAUCGUGGAUAUCCAGCAUAGUGUAGCUCAGUGAUCAUGUUUCUGCUCCAAGGGUUUGUCGACCCAUACCUGACAGCCGGGGCCGCGAUCCUCUUCGCGAUCCUCUUCGCGAUCCUCCGCCCGAAGAAGCCGGCCCAUCCGCCGGGGACAACCCUCCCGCCAGGCCCAAAACCCAAACCCCUCAUCGGCAACCUCCUCUCGAUCCCGCCGGUACACUCCUGGCUGGCCUUCCACGAGCUCAUCAAAGAGCACGGCCCCGUCGUCCGCCUCGCCCUCCCGGGCGGCCAGGAGCACGUCCUCCUCGGCACCGAGGCCGCCGCCAACGAGCUCCUCCGCCAGCGGGGCAACAUCUACAGCGAUCGGCACUACGCGCCGGCGUCGUCGCACUUCUUGACGGAUGAUCACAUGCUCCUGCUGCUUCCUUAUGACGACAAAUGGAGAAACUACAGGAGGUUCCUGCAUCAGGUCACCAUGUCGCCCGUCGCGCCGCAGUACGAGAAGGAGCAGCGCAUCGAGGCGGUCAGAUUACUCCGCGACCUGAUCCGCAAGCCGCGCGACUACGAGGCUCUUUUUGAGCGGUUCAGCGUCGGGCUGGGCAUGCGCAUAAUCUAUGGCCUGCGCGCUGAGACCGGCCACGACCGCGAGGUGCGGAUGCUGCUCGACAUCGUCCACGAGCUGGAGCGCGUGGGCUCGCCGGGCGCGUACCUGGUUGACAUCUUCCCGUCGCUAAAGUAUCUGCCAGAGUGGAUGGCGCCCUGGAAGAAGUACCUCCGAGCACGGAGGCGCCGCGACGAGGAUUUCUUCCAGGAGUUGAUUGACCGGAGCAAGUCGCCUUCUUGGGCGCGAACGUGGCUUGAAACGCAAGACCAGUGGGGGCUCACGCGGCGGGAGGCGAAUUGGAUGCUGGGAUCUGUUUUCCAGGCUGCGGGAACGACGUCUGGGUCAGCUCUUGCGUCGUUUAUCCUCUGUGUUGUAAGAAAUCCUGGGUGGUUUGAGAAGCUUCAGGCCGAGGUCGACUCUGUUGUUGGACCGGACAGGUUACCUACUUUCGAGGACAUGCCACGGCUUCCGCUCGUGAGGGCGUGCGUCAAGGAAACUCUGCGGUACUACCCGAUCACGGCCGGCGGCUUCCCUCACCGCCUCACGGAAGACGACACGUACAACGGGUAUCACUUGAAGAAGGGGACCGUGGUGCAUGCCGUGCAGUGGGCUAUUCAACGCGACCCAGAGACCUACCCAGAGCCCGAACUCUUCAACCCCGACCGCUGGUUGGAUCCUAAGUAUCCGACAUAUAAGGAACCUCUCACAGUCUAUCCCAACUUGCAGCAGUUCACGGCGUUCGGCCACGGCCGCCGGAUUUGCCAAGGCAUCAAUAUUGCCGAAAGGAGUCUCAAUCUCAAGAUCGCACUGCUUGCUUGGGCUUGUAACAUUUCUCGGGCCACGGAUGGUAACGGCAAAGAGAUUAUACCGCCAGUUUAUGACUUUGCCGCAGGCUUCAAUGUGCAGCCAAAGGAGUUUGAUUUCGACCUACAACCAAGAAGUCAACAGCGAGUAGACUUGCUGGAGAGCGUGUACGAGGACACACUGAAAGAAGAUCCGUUGUUGUCAUAAAUUUUAGACGAAGGCUAAUGGGAUAUGUAAUGUCAAGCAUGAUUGAGUACGUCGAUACCCAAUUCUUCAAAAUGGGCCCUGCUCGUUUAAAUGUGUGAAAACCCCAUCCUGGGCACUGAUCAUUUCAAAUCUGAUUACUCUGCCAUUUAAGAAGUGGGCCGAAAGAAAGGAUCAGAAGUAUUUUGACCCCAUCUAAACAAGUUCUAGGACAUUAAUUGGGGUCUAUACGGUCCUCGAUUUUGCUGCGGGUUGUCGUUGCUGCCAGCUAGGAUAGAACACAGCUCACGAGCAUU